CAGCUAACCUAACAUUAUGUUGCUAACCUGCUAACGCCACAUCUGCAAAUCCUGCGCUCGACGCAGUCGUUUGUGUUUUGAGAUGAUUGAGUUAUUCAGUAAAGUUUCUGGGAUUUUCUUCAAUUGGUUCGUUUUAAGUGAUACGGUCCUGUUUCUUAACGCUACCAAGUUAUAACUGUAUAACUGUUUAUUGUUUAUACAAUGUUAUUAAACAACAAUGCGUGCUUGGAAGUAAAACGAAUAGAGCUACACAGAAUGAGAGUUCCGAGUGAAUACAAUUCACAGACGUCAUAAUGAUUAACAAAAAUUAUUGUGAAUGGGGUCUUUGCCAGCCCUAUCAAUACUGUUGUGGUGAUAAUAUCUGCUGCAGUAAGAGCAGCGGACUGUUUUGGAUAUUGGGUGUGUUGGCAUCGUUGAUAGCACUGAUUUUAGGCUGUGCAUUCCUCUUCCGCAAAGUCGAAUGCUGUCGCUCACUGCUGCAAAGAUCUCGAGUAAGGCUGCAUCAUUAUGCAAGGCUUCCGUCGACGAAUCCUGAAGUUUAAAAAAAAAAAUGUUUCACAGUACCUUGACAUUCCAGCAAUUUAUGAAAUCGAUCAAAAGCUAAAAAUACAAUUCCAUGUUCAGAAACUAAAGAAACGUUAGAUCAAGGAAAACAUUACACAAAGAAUGGGGAAUACGAUUCUAAUACUAGAUUACGAGAAGCAUUCUUUUUAUGCCAAUUUUAUAUUAACUUACUUAUCAUUAAUCGGACGUCAUUGACAAAUAUUAAUAAUUGAUCAUGGCUUUAAUAUAUGGACUUGCAGCUAGUAACUAUAUUUAUAAAUAUUAUAUUUGCAGCUAAAUUAGUAUUUUUAUCAUGCGAUUCUACUAUUUUAUGUAUUCGUAAGAAAUAAAUGAAAUAUAUUAUGUGAAAUUAAAUAAAUGUAAAAUAUUUAAUAAAUAUGUGAUCGUUGAGAGUAAAGUUAAACUAAUUUAAA